UCAGUGGAGCUGGAAGGUGGGUGUUUGCUCCGGUUCCACAUUCGACUCUCUCUUUCGUGUGUGUGUGUGUGUGUUUGGCGUUGUUGUCGUGUUAUCAGCUGGUCGUGUGUGUUAUACUACCGUCUUACGACUAAGCUGCAAGAGAAAGAAAAGAGUUUAGCUGAUUACACCUUUAAUUAGUUUUAACCGUUGGACGUAGCAACAAAAGAAGUCAGACGGAAUCAGGGGAAAGAUUGGCUGGAAUUCGAUUUGGAUUACACGAAAAGAAAAAUCAAAUUUGCAUGCCAAAACAAACGUGCAAUGUGGAAGAGUUAGUGUUGAAAUGCCACGUCGGAUCAUCUUGUAAUUCUUCAAAUUUGCAAAAUCAUCCGAGCAUCUCAGCUAAACAAGUGCUUCACUUGUGUGUGUGUGUAUAUAUUAAAAAAACCACAUUACAAAGAGAACGUCAUGGAACAUUCGGAUCUUACCCAACCGUUGGCUCACCUGGGUCUGGUCGAGUUAACUGGUGGAUCGUCAUCGUUCGCCGACAGGCCGUCCAAAGUCAAGCUUGACGACGCUAUUCAUCUGGGCGUGAACAACGGCGACGACCUCUUCACUAGCGCCUCAAGGUUAGACCAGGAACCGACGGCAGCCGGGCCUCACGAACUCAGUCCAGCCGAGUUGGCGGGAGUUAUCGUGGCGGCGGCCCUGAUCACGGCGGCCAUCAUCGGUUUCGGCGUUUGGAUGCAUUUCAGGCGGAAGAAGAGCAAGAGCCAGGAGCCGAACGGAUGCAUGAACGGUGGUCCUCAUCAUCCCGUCGCUCCUCAAGUUUCCGUCAUCAGCAUGGAAACGGACGUCCGACCAGCAGCCGUUCGCCAGAAUAGCUACGGUAGCACGGGCUACAUAGGAUCGCACGGACCUUACCGGAUGGACGGCGGAAGUGGAGGCCAAUCGGAAGAAGAUGAAAUGGGUUCGUUCACAGACUACGGAUCCAUCGUCGGCUCGUUCCCGCCAUCUCCCGCUGGAUCUUUCCGUUCGGCUAUCGAUGCUCCGGGAUUUUCCAGAUCUAGAGCGGGAACGGGGACGUCAUUUGCCACCGUGAAAUCGUUCGGUUCGUAUCGUUCACGCGCUAGCAACACGGCGUCAUUUCACACCUGCGUCGAAGAGGAAUUCUCGUGAAAACAAAUGUGAUUCAUGCUGUUCCAUAAAGAAAAGACGGGAAGAACGGAGUUGAAAGGGUUACACGAAAGAAAAUCGUGAACGUGCCUAAUUUAUAUAUUUCAUUAAUUAUUUCGAAUGGAAGGGGGGAUUUAUUUCGCUUCAGUUUUUCACGUCUUCCAUCUUGUACAGGCCAUUUGCUUAGUUCCAUUCCAUAUAGAAUGUGUCUCUCCAGUCGAACGGUCUUCUCCGUGCCAAACGUUUUUCAAACACAAUCAGAGAGGUCCGUUUCAGAUAUUAUAUCGCGCCUACGUUUCUUACGGUCCCGAACGGUUCAGCAAAUUUUCGUGUUCCGAAUUUCAGCUGAUGACCGCAAAACGUGAUUUGGGGGCGUUGGCGUGAGCUUAAAACACUGAGAAAGUGUGUCCCGAUUGUGUUUAAAUUGCACAAAAUUUGUACUCUUUUGUUGCUUGUUCUAUUUCUUUUCCCUUUUUUGUUUCUAUUUUUUUUUAGCUCACAUUAAUGACCGUUCUUCUUUUGUUUGGCUUUUCUAUCUUUAUUGUCUUCUUCCUGUCCCCUCCUUUUUUAUAUAUUUUGGUCAACUGUUAUUUUUCGUUUUCUCUUUGGCCUUCACUUAUGACCAAGUUGCUUCAAAUUUUUUUCCCCUCAUUUUUUCAUGUUAUUUCCAUUACUAUCGUUCAUUUCGGUUGCGUUACAUUCCCGUACACGCACGAAUCCCGAGAGUGGAUCCGAAUUCAUCGUCGCUGGCUAGUUCAGCGCAGAGCUACAUUAAAAAUUCGAAUAAAAUAUCUGAAAAUGAAAGAA